AUGGCGUGUCGGUCAUGGGGCCAGUAUAACUACGAGACGUUUGAUGGGCUGUACUAUCACUUUCCUGGGAGAUGUACCUACACUCUGCUGAGAGACUGUGAAGACACCAGCCAGGCCAGCAUUCUCAUACAGGUCCACAAUGACCCAGACUGCCGCUCGUCUCCCUACUCCUGCACGCGGUCAGUUAGUCUCUUCCUGCCCUGGGAAGGAGAGAUCAGGUUGCACAGGUCCAAAGUUACCUUCAAGGGACAGAGUGUCCAGCUGCCUCACCACAUCCAUGACGUGGAGCUGGAGAGGAUCUCCCGCUAUGUCUUGGUGACCCAACAACAUGGCUUCACCCUGGCCUGGGACGGACACAGUGGCUCUGUUUACAUCAAGCUGAGCCCAGAGUGGGUGGGCAGGACCUGCGGUCUGUGUGGCAACUUCAACGCAGACGUACAGGAUGACCUGAAGACCAGCUACGGUGUGGUGACGGAGGACCUGUCCAUGUUUGGGAACAGCUGGGUGGAGGAGGAGCUUCACCAGGUCAGGUGUCCCAUGGUGCCCUUCAUGUUCCCCUCGUCCUGCGCCUCACGUGACCCACACAUACUACUGGUGAGUAACCCUGACCCUCACAUACUACUGGUGAGUAACCCUGACCCACACAUACUACUGGUGAGUAACCCUGACCCACACAUACUACUGGUGAGUAACCCUGACCCACACAUACUACUGGUGAGUAACCCUGACCCACACAUACUACUGGUGAGUAACCCUGACCCACACAUACUACUGGUGAGUAACCCUGACCCACACAUACUACUGUUGAGUAACCCUGCCCCUCACAUACUACUGGUGAGUAACCCUGACCCUCACAUACUACUGGUGAGUAACCCUGACCCUCACAUACUACUGGUGAGUCACCCUGACCCACACAUACUACUGGUGAGUAACCCUGACCCACACAUACUACUGGUGAGUAACCCUGACCCACACAUACUACUGGUGAGUAACCCUGACCCACACAUAGUGUUCACAGAGUAUGCCCGGGUCUGUGCCCACGCCGACCACCCACUGACGGACUGGAGGACUCACAUACCACAGUGUGCGAUGCCGUGCCCUCCAGGUCUGCAGUAUAAGGAGUGCAUCACCUGCUGCCCUGUGUCCUGUAACGUGGACAGAAUGUGUAUCGACAACAAGCUGCAGUGUCUAGACGGAUGCUACUGUCCCGACGGAGAGUGCUCUGUGACUGGGGACAUGUACUUCCACUCGUUUGACGGCAGGAUGUUCACCUUCCCAGCUUCCUGUCAGUAUGUCCUGGCUAAGAGUCGUAACUCAGGGAAGUUCACUGUCACCAUUCAGAACGCCCCGUGUGGACCCCAUUUGGACGGGUCUUGUAUCCAAUCAGUCAGCCUGGUCAUAGACGAGGACCCACGGACUGAGAUCACACUGACUCACCUAGGAGAGGUCUUCAUGGCAGGACAGUACCGCAUCUCUCUGCCCUAUUCAGACGAGGUGUUCCACAUCCAGGAGCUGUCCUCCAUGUACCUGCAGUUGCGUACUGCUCUGGGUCUGCAUCUGCAGUACAGCUGGAGGGAGUUCCGUCUCUACCUGCAGGUGGAUGAGCUGUGGAAGGGCGACACGGUGGGGCUCUGUGGAACCUUCAACGGAAACAUCCAGGACGACUUCCUGUCCCCGUCUGGUAUGAUAGAGAGCACCCCUCACCUGUUUGGCAACGCCUGGAGGGUAUCCUCUGCCUGUGUCCCCAGCCAGAGUGUUCCCCAGCUUGACCCAUGUGACACGCAUCAGCAAGCAGCAUCCUACGCCUCUGAGAUGUGUGACAUCCUGAACCAGGAGUUGUUCUCAGCGUGUCAUGAGUACCUGAGUCCGGUGCCCUUUCACCAACAGUGUAAAGCAGACACCUGUAAGUGUGGCCAGCCCUGUCUCUGCUCUUCCCUGGCCCACUAUGCUAGACAGUGCAGGAAGUACUCUGUCAUCACGGAGUUCAGAGCCAGCGUACCUGACUGUGAGGUGACAUGCCCAGAUACCAUGGAGUACGGAACCUGUGUGUCGUCGUGCCAACGGCGUUGCUCCGCCCUGUCCACGCAGCAGCACUGUGGAGAGGAGUACCAACAGUGUCCGCUGGGUCAGAUGUACCUGGACUGUACUGAGGGGCUGGAAGGGCUGAAGGCUAUAGAUGGGAUCAGCCUGGGUAGAGGACUGGGCUGUGAACACACCUGUGAAUCCCACCUGCUCAACCUCACCUGUUCAGCUCAUGAACCGUGCAUACCUGGCUGUGUCUGUCCCCCUGGAUUGCUGAAACAUGGUGAUGAGUGUUUUGAGCCUGACGCCUGCCCCUGCCUCUGGAAGGGGAAAGAGUACUAUCCAGGAGAUAGAGUCACCUCCCCCUGUCAUCAAUGUGUCUGCCAGCAUGGAACAUUCCAGUGUGUGUUCCGUCCGUGUCCGUCCAUGUGCACAGCCUAUGGGGACCGCCACUACAGGACCUUUGAUGGUCUACUGUUUGACUACGUUGGAGUCUGUAAAGUCUACCUAGUAAAGAGCAGUGCUGAUCUGAUGAUGAGUGUGACUGCUGAGAACGUGGACUGUUACGACAGCGGCGUCAUCUGCAGGAAAUCUCUACUCAUCAACAUUGGUAGAUCUUUCAUUGCGUUCGACGACGACAGUGGCAAACCAAACCCGUCCAGUGUGAUCGACUGGAGGCAGGAGGUGUUCAUAUGGAGCGCUGGGCUCUUCACCGUGGUCCACGUUCCCGAGGAGGACCUGACCGUGCUCUGGGAUCGCAAGACAACGGUCCACAUCCAGGCUGGACCACGCUGGCAGGGCAAGCUGAGUGGUCUGUGUGGGAACUUUGACCUGAGGACGGUCAAUGAGAUGAGGACACCAGAGAACAUAGACUCUGCCACUCCUCAGGAGUUUGGCAACAGCUGGACGGCAGCUGAGUGUGUUAACAGCCCAGACAUCAGACACCCCUGCAGUCUGAACCCCCUGAGGGAGCCGUUCUCCAAGAGGCAGUGUGGAGUCCUGCUCAGCGAGGUCUUCCUGGUCUGCCACCCGGUGGUGGACGUGACAUGGUUCUAUAUGAACUGUCUGGCUGAUACGUGCGGCUGUAGUCGCGGUGGGGACUGUGAGUGUUUCUGUACCAGCGUGGCAGCCUACGCCCACCGAUGCUGUCACCAGGGUGUCACCGUGGACUGGCGAUCCCCGUCGAUCUGCCCCUACGAUUGUGAAUACUACAACAAAGUUCUGGGUAAAGGCCCCUACAGGCUGGUGACCUACAGGGAGAGGGACACGGUGCUGGCAGCCAACAGGUCCAGUGGGACAGUGUUCCCUAAGAAAGGAGACCCUGCUGCGGCUGGCUUCCUGUCCCUCUUCAUGAUGACCCCUGGGCUCAGUAGAGUGCGUCCGCAUGACACGUCCCUGGUGUCGUUCGAGGCGUCCGAUCGGCCCAACUACUUCCUGGCUGUGGACAGCAGCGGCCAUCUCACGCUGACCAAGUGGGAGGAGAGUGAAGCAUUCUGGGACGCGGCUACCUUCACGCUGCACCGUGACACCUGGAUCCAGGGUUAUGAUUCUCUGGAGGCUUUGGCCAGACCGGGAUUCUUCCUCCACUACAUGCUGUCCUGGAUUCACCUCAUGAAGUACAAACACACUGACGGAUUCCGCAAAGCCACGCUCUUCAAACUGACAGGCCCUGGUCCAGACACCCCUACGGGUCCUAAGUGCCAGUGGAGGUAUGAGUCGUGUGUCAGCCCCUGCUUCAGGACCUGCAGUGACCCCUCGGGGAGGGCAUGUGGCACCGUUCCAAAAGUGGAGGGAUGUCUGCCUCUGUGUCCUGGUCACAUGGUGCUGGAUGAGGUCACUCAGAGAUGUGUCCAUGUUGAAGACUGCAUUAAGCCACCAGUUGCUGUGCAGCCCAUUACUACUGUCAGCAGUGUUGAGUCAACACCUGCAGCUGUCACUCCUUCAGCCACCACAACCACCACUAGGAGCAGCCCGGCUAGCCCUGGCCUCUCCACGGCACGCUCCACCCCGGGUCCCCCUGCCCCCCUCACCACCACCUCCAUCCAGCCUCCCUACACCACCACCCCUUCAGACACAGUCCCCACCACUGCAGCCACCACCACCACCAUUCCUAUUGUCUCAACUUCUGCUUUGGAUGCUCUGACCACCUCUGCUAAGUUUCCGACCACAGUGACCGAUAAGGUGGUUCUGCCCAGCACCUCUUCAGCCGUACCGACUCCAGAGGGAACCAGUGCAGCAUCAACUCCAUCCCUGGCCACCGCAGUCAGACCUGAGGUGGUGGAGGUUGUAUCUACAGUGAAGACAUCUCCAUCCUUACCCUCCACUACAGAAGGCAGUACAGAGAGGACGACCAGGGCCCCCAGCUCCUCACCCAGCCCCCUAGGCCCCAGCACAGAGAGGACCAGCCAGGUCCCCUUCUCUAUCACAGCUCUGUUCUGGCUCACGUCCUCCACCACCAGGCCCUCUCUACGCCCAGGAACUACAGACACCACAUUCACCAGCCCCCCUCCAUCCACUACCAUGGGCCCCUGGAUAAGCUCCACCGUGGGGCCUACUCAGACCAGCGCCCUGCCUGCAGUACCAGUCACCCCCACCAGUGUGACCACCAAGGCCACCACACGUCCAGGAGACACACACAGAGAGGGUGACCACACCUGUCCCAGUGAAACCUGCGGUCAGCACAGAAGUAGACGCACUUCACCACGGUGCUUCAUCUACAGUGCCAGGCGUCACCACCACAACCUCAGUUACCAUGACGACCACUGCCAAAACCACCACAGCUCUGCCCGAGACUUCAACCGGCGCAGUUUCAACCUCCAGGACGGAGAGACUUCCUGCGACACCCGAACACCCGGCCGUGCCUGGUGUACCUGGGGAACCAGUAUUAUCUCUCACCACUACGGUCCCCACGACAACUGUCCCACCUUUACCUGGUGUCCUUACGACCACCAUCACACCUGUACCUGGUGUCCCAGUGACAACUGUCCCACCUUUACCUGGUGUCCUUACGACCACCAUCACACCUGUACCUGGUGUCCCAGUGACCACUGUCCCACCUUUACCUGGUGUCCCAGUGACAACUGUCCCACCUUUACCUGGUGUCCAAGUGACCACUGUCCCACCUUUACCUGGUGUCCUUACAACCACCAUCACACCUGUAACUGGUGUCCAUACGACCACCAUCACACCUGUACCUGGUGUCCCAGUGACCACUGUCCCACCUUUACCUGGUGUCCAUACGACCACCAUCACACCUGUACCUGGUGUCCCAGUGACCACUGUCCCACCUUUACCUGGUGUCCAUACGACCACCAUCACACCUGUACCUGGUGUCCCAGUGACCACUGUCCCACCUUUACCUGGUGUCCAUACGACCACCAUCACACCUGUACCUGGUGUCCCAGUGACCACUGUCCCACCUUUACCUGGUGUCCAUACGACCAGCAUCACACCUGUCGCAGCCACUCCAGGGGUCACACCAAAGGUCACGCCAAAGGUCACACCAGAUGUGACAGCAGCUCCCUCAGUCCCCGCCUUGCCCCCCACGGCCACCUCAACCUCCACCCCAGAGCCAGAGAGGGUGGACGGAGUAGACACCACUGCACCAAAGACUCCAUCACCAUCACCUGUGUCGCCGUACACCACAUCAGAGACAACCGCGCCACCAUCGGUAGUAUCGCCAUAUACCACGACAGAGCGUGUUGGAACUACGGCAGAGACUCAAUGGGGCUCAAUGUAGGCUCAAUGGAGAUCAAUGUAGGCUCCAUGGGGCUCAAUCCUCCCUAUUCAGAGAUCAUAGAUGAGUGUACCAAGUUCCUCUGUGUGAGCGGCCAGCUGGUCCGAUUCAACAUGUCCCAGAACUGUCUGUAUAACUCCACCCCUCCUAACUGCGGCCUGCUCGGCUUCGCCAUCCUGGUCAACGGGGACAAGUGCUGCCCGCAGUGGGACUGCCCAUGUCGCUGCUCAGUGUUCCCCGACCUGAACGUGAUCACGUUUGAUGGUAACAGCGUGGCCAUCUACAAGGCUACCUCCUACAUUGUGACCCAGCUGCCCAUUGAGACCGUCAGCAUCGUGGUCCAGGAAUGCCCCGCUGACUCAGACACGGUGAGGAUGAGGCUGCUGUGGAAUUUCACCAACCUGUGUCUAGUGGUUUUGAACAUUACCCACAAGUCCAACCACCUGGUCAUCAACAGAUUGCAGAGGAGGCUGUAUGUGAACUCGAGGUACGCCAAGCCGAGGUUCAAGAAGUUUGGCUUUGAGAUCCUGGACACCGGCAACAUGUAUCUGAUCCGUACGCCAGCGGGCCUGAAGCUGCAGUGGUUCCACAGCACGGGCAUGUUGGUCAUCGAGACAGAGAGCUACAACAGCAAACUGCCCACCAUGGGCCUUUGUGGCUGCUGUGAUGGUAACCCGGCCAACGACCUGAUGCUGUCGAAUGGGACGACAGUCGGAGAGAGCGAGGACCCGGCGGUGUUCAUCGACAGCUGGCAGGUCCCCAACACCACUAGUUACAUCAGCCACAGCCGGCGCAGAGAAGUCAACUGUUCCACCAGCGACUGUUCCCAGUGUAUGACCAUGCUGCGAAACACCUCCUUCAGCCCCUGCCAUGCUUUUGUUCCUCCCAGUACGUUCUGUGAGGUGUGGGUACGUGACGCAGAGUACGUCAACAACCCGUGUGUAGCGCUGGCUGCCUACGUGGCAUCUUGUCACAAGUUCAACGUCUGCAUGGAGUGGAGGAGCCCAGACUACUGUCCCUUCAUGUGUCCAGACCGACUGCGUUACCAGGCCUGUCUGCCUACCUGUACGGCCCUGUCCUGCUCCAACCACGACUUUGACCACGACCCUGAGCAGUGUACAGGCCUGACAGAGGGAUGUGUUUGUCCUGAGGGCACUCUGCUCCAUCGACCCUACUCUGCCCUCUGCAUCCCCCCUGAGAAGUGUGCCUGUACGGACAGUUCAGGUGUACCCCGUGCUCCUGGCGAGGUGUGGAAGGCGUCUAAAGAUGGCUGCUGUAUGUAUCGCUGUGACAACGACAGUAUCGUUCCCGUGGAGUAUAACUGCUCUGCCGUGUCUCAGCCGCUCUGCCGCAGGGCCGGGGAAGUGGUCGUCAGUCUGGCAGACGACACCUCCUGCUGCCCACAGAAAGCCUGCGUUUGUAACCAGACCCUGUGUGACAUCUUCCCCCCGGAGUGUCAGUAUGGAGAGAAGCUGGUGUCUUACUUCAGAGAGGACUCCUGCUGUCCAGACUACGUCUGUGAGUGUGACCCAGAGCGCUGUGAGUCAGACGUCCCAGCCUGUAGAGAGGACCAGACCCUCAUCGCCACCAGGGCUGAUGGCAGCUGCUGCCUGGCACACAUCUGUAUGUGUGGUUCCUGUUUGGAGGUGGUUCCAAACUGCCAGGAUGGAGAGGUGUUGACGGUGGACGCCAACAGUACAGACCUCUGCUGUCCUGUCUUCCACUGUGUGUGUGAGCCGUACCGGUGUGCUGAGUUGUCAUGUCCCUUGGGGAUGUCUGCUGUCACCGUGUCCCCUCCAGACCACUGCUGUCCCCUGCACACCUGCGUGCGUGAAGCGGUGUGUGUGGACGGGGAGCGGGGUGUUAUGCAUCCGGGACAGACCCUCGUGGACCACAGUCAGGAGGGGGUGUGUCUCACCACCCAGUGUAGCCACAGUCUGGAUCCCACCACGGGCUUCCACCUCCUCCGCACCGCCACCACCAACUGCUCUGCUCAGUGCCAACCGAACCAGAUAUACAUCCCUCCCAAAGACCAGAUGAUGUGCUGUGGUGUCUGCAGGAACAUCUCCUGUCUCUACCACAAUGACAACGGUACUACACUCCUCUACAAGCCUGGGAAGUCUUGGGUGUCAGACUGUAUGAAGUAUGAUUGUACCGACACACUGUCAGGCCCGACCCUGGUGUCCUACUCAUUCAGCUGUCCACCUUUCAACCAGACAGAGUGUAUGAAGAUUGGUGGAACCAUUGUAAGUUACAUGGAUGGAUGCUGCAAGACAUGUAAAGAAGAUGGGAAGUCCUGUCAGAAGGUGACAGUAAGGAUGACGAUACGGAAGAACGACUGUCGCAGUAACAGACCGGUCAACAUAGUGUCAUGUGACGGGAAGUGUCCGUCGGCCAGUAUUUACAACUACAACAUCAACACGUACGCCAGGUUCUGUAAGUGCUGCCGUGAGAUGGGGCUGCAGAGACGCUCCGUGCAGCUCUACUGCAGUGGCAACUCCACGUGGGUCAACUACUCGAUACAGGAACCCACCGACUGCUCCUGCCAGUGGUCUUAGUGGCCACAAAGACACACACACAUGUAUGCACACGUAUAAACACGUAUGCACACAUGACCGUUAUUCACUACAGGUGUACACACAUUAAGUA